GCCGCCGCUAGGUACGCCGCCGCCAACGGCCUCGACCCCGAGACGCUUCGGCAAAUCGCGGAGAUGCGGGGCCAGUACGCCUCUCUCCUCGCGGACGCCGGGUUCAUAAUGAGCGACACCCGGGGUGGUGGGCGCGGGGCCGGCCGGUCGGACACACGGUCGGACGCCCCGUGGGGUUGGGCUGACGCGUCGGACGCGCCGUGGAACGCCGACGCCGGUCGAGCGCCCGUGGUCAAAGCCGUGCUGUGCGCGGGGUUGUACGCGAACGUCGCCGCGCUCGAGGCGGACGCGUCCACGGGCCGUGCGCGGUGGCGCGACGGCAAAGGUGAGGUUGGAGUGCACCCCGGGUCGCUGAACGCGAGGCUCGGUCAGCCCGGGGAACGGUCGCCGACGCACCCGUUUCUGGUGUUUCACGAAAAGGUGAAGACGUCGAGGGUUUUCAUCCGCGACUGCACGACGGUGGCGCCCGCUGCGUUGCUGCUCUUCGGGGGGGCGAUGGACGUGAGGCACGAGACCGGUCGGGUGUGUCUGGACGGCUGGCUGUGGCUGAGGGCGUCCGCACAGACCGCGGUGCUGUAUAAGAAGCUGAGGAAGGCGCUC